AUGCAGGGCCUGGUCAUACUCGCGGUGCAAGCACACUCGAGCUCGCUAAAGCCCCCGAGAUGCGACCCCACCGGCCUGUGUGAGAAGGUCCACGGCCCGAAAGCUGCAAUGUUGUUCGUGGGCCUGUAUCUCGUGGCCCUAGGCGUGGGGGGCAUCAAGGGCUCGUUGCCGGCCCACGGUGCAGAGCAGUUGGACGAGAGCACCCCGCUCGGGCGGAAGCAGAGGUCGACUUUCUUCAACUAUUUUGUGUUCUCCCUCUCGGUAGGGGCCCUCAUUGCCGUGACCCUAGUCGUGUGGAUCGAGGACAACAAGGGAUGGGAGUGGGGUUUCGGGAUCUCGACUCUGGCAAUACUUCUGUCGAUUCCAGUUUUUCUUGCGGGAUCCGCUUUUUACAGGAACAAGGUUCCGCUCGGGAGCCCACUCACGACGAUAUGCAAGGUCCUCUUCGCCUCGUUGCUAAACACGUGCACGCCGCAAAGCAUGCCGGGAAGCACGAGCAACGCCAUCGCCAACAUGUCCGCCAGCCCGUCCCCUCUAGUCCCCACCGAGCAAAUCCAGUCCGACAAGCCCGACGAGAACGCGCAAUAUUCCCCGUCCGAGAGCCUCCGUUUCCUCAACCGCGCCGUGACCAACAACCCCGCCCUCCCGUUCCUCAAGUGCUCGGUCAAGGACCUCGAGGAGGUCAAAAUCGUCCUCAAAAUCCUCCCGACCUUCGCGUGCACCAUCAUCCUCAACACGUGCCUCGCCCAGCUCUCGACUUUCUCCGUCCAGCAAGCCGCCACCAUGGACACGAGGCUCGGUUCCAUGAAAGUCCCGCCCGCCUCACUCCCCGUCUUCCCCGUCGUCUUCAUCAUGAUCCUCGCCCCACUAUACGACCACGUCAUAAUCCCGUUCGCCCGGCGGGCCACCAAGUCCGAGACAGGGGUGACCCACCUCCGGCGAAUCGGGAUCGGGCUAUUCCUCUCGGCAUUCGCGAUGGCCGUGGCCGCGCUCGUCGAGGCAAAGAGGAAACGGGUCGCGGGCCGGGCCAGGGCCGGGCCCGGCCCGUUACCGAUCACGUUCUUCUGGAUCGCGCUCCAAUACGUGUUCUUGGGGUCGGCGGACCUUUUCACGUUGGCGGGCCUGCUCGAGUUUUUCUUCACGGAGGCCCCGUUCGGGAUGAGGUCGUUGGCGACGUCGCUUUCGUUUGCGAGCUUGGCGGUCGGGUAUUAUAUGAGCACGGUGAUUGUGUCGGUGGUGAAUAGGGUGACGGGCGGGUCGGGGCACGGGGCGUGGCUGUCGGGGGCGAACUUGAACGAGUACCGAUUGGAGAGAUUCUAUUGGCUGAUGUGCGGGCUUAGCGGGCUCAACUUCUUGAACUAUCUGUUUUGGGCCUCCAAGUAUAAGUAUAGAGGGAUGGGGUCGAGCUAA